AUGUCACAGCUUCCACGGGGGCUGGCUCCACUGCCCAGCAUCGCCCAGGGGCGCUUCUCACCCUCCUCAGCCGGUCCUCGCCCCGUGACAGGCGGAGACACGCGGCCCCGCACGCACCCUCCCCGUGGAGACGUCUCCAGCAGACGCGCGCCCCGGAGAACCCCCAGUGCUUUCCGUGCGCCCUCGCUCGCGUUGGGGACCUUGGCGCGGACCCCGGGCGCGUCGUCCCGGGCGCCCGGCCCCCUCCGCGGCACGAGGUGCCUUUGGACACCGCAACCCGGAAGCGGGGCGUCCCGGGGCCACGCGGCUGGGCCGGGGCGAGGGGCGCGCGUGGCUCGGGCUCCGGCUCCGGCUGCGGGAGCGGGGCCGGCCGCGGCCGAGGCGCCGCCGCGCGCGCGCGCGGGGGCCGCUUGGCUUCCCCGGCCCGGGGGCCCCCCUCGGCCGACGCCGGGAGCCCCGCCGGCGGCGCCGCCCCCCGCACUCCCCGCCCACCGGCGGCUGCGCGCACUGAGCCCUCGGCCGCCGCCGCCGCCGCGCCGCGCCGCGCCGCGCUGCGCUCCGGGGCCCGCGACGCCGCCCGCACAGCCCCGAGCGGCCACACGCAGCGGCGGCGGGCCGGGCGGCCGGGGCGCGGGGGCCGCAGGGCCGAGCCGGGGAGCGAAGCCGCCGGGCGCCCGGGCCCCGCAGCUCGGCUACAAAGCGCUCGGCACCGGCCGGGAACGCGCGCGCCGCGGCCGCCACCGGGGAUCCCUUGGCGACUGCGCGCGGCCCGCGCCGGAGCGUCCCCGCCGCGCCACAGUAAGCGACCCCGGGGCCGGGAUCUGGCUGGCUGGAGCGGGGCGCGGGGGUCGGGGCGCCCCUACGCAGCUCCCGGCUGCAGCACCACCCCCGGCCUCGGCGCUCCGUGCGGCGCGCCCGCCCGCCCGCCCGGCUGGGGCUGCCUUGGUUUAUUUUUAUUUUUCUAGCUCGCCGGUUUCCAUCAUUUCCGUUCUGGGCUCGUCUGGGUUGGAUUCUCGGGGCGCCCCUGGUGCAGGCGCCCCACGGAGACUUGUCAGCGCGCAACGCGGGGCCCCUGCGGGAAAAGUCUGCACUUCCCGCAGGGCCUCGGGUCUCUUCCAAGCCCGUGCGCCCCAGAGCCCCGGCGCACCCCCAUUCCCCCACCCCUCCCCAAGCUCCCCAACUUCCCGCACUGGUGCCCGGCAACUCUUUUGUUCGCGGAAGUUUGCGUCCAGUCCAGCGGGAUGCGGGGCGUGCGAAGGCGGCGGCAGCACCGCGCCGGACAGGGCGUCUGCAUUGUGGGGGGACCGUGGUGGGGUGCCUGGGGGAAGCGGGCCGGUGGUCCCCAGCCGACCCGGGCUUGCAGAACCGCCAGCCCGUGGGAAGCCGGGGGGCGGCUUCCUGGCUUUUGGUUUUUCCUCGUCCGGUAGUGCGCACACUUGGGGGAACAAUACGCGUGGCGCGGGACCAGGGGCGCGCGCCGCCGCCGUCCUCUCCCUCUCCGUGGGGUCCCUGCCGCCGGGCUCCCCGCACCCGCACGCCUGGGUCACGAACCACUUCUCGGUCCCGCGGUGA